AUGGCCCAGCAUGUCCUCUGGAUCCUGCUCGGAUUGCUGCUGCUUUUGGAGCCAGGGACAGCUUCCCUGCCCCUGCUUAUGGACUCUGUCAUCCAGGCCCUGGCUGAGAUCGAGCAGAAGGCACCAGCCACUGAGGCUAGCCGCGCUGCCUCUGCCUGGCUGCUGUCCACCCAGAACUCUGGCCCCCGCGAUCACCUCUACCACUUCCUGUUGCAGGUGGGAAGCCUCAACACCGAGGAGCUGCGUUCCUACCCCCUGAAUCCAAAGCUGCAAGGCCUGAUGGAGGAGGUGGCCCAACAUGGUGUACGGGGUGGGCAGGAAUAUGGGGUGGUACUGGCACCCGAUGGCUCGACUGUGGCUGUGGAGCCUCUGCUGGCGGGGCUGGAGGCAGGGCUACAGGGGCGCAGGGUGGUAAACUUGCCCUUGGCCAGCACGGCUGCCCCUCAGGAUGCUGGAGUCUCCUUUCCAGAUGUUGCAGUUCCAGCUCCAGAUGUAAGAGCCACCUCCCCGGAACUCAAAGACGCUUCUCUAGAUGUCACCUCUGCAGAUGUGGGAAGUAACAUUCCAGAUGCUACAACUGGCUCUCCAGAUGUUCAAGCUUCCUUGCCAGAUGCCAAAGCCAAGUCCCCAACCGCCGUAGACAGCCUUCUGGCCGUCACCCUGGCCGGUGACCUAGGCCUGACCUUCCUCCAGGGCCCCCAGACCCGGAGCCAUCCGGGGCUGGGAACUGAGGGCUGCUGGGACCAGCUUGCUGCCCCCCGGACCUUUACACUCCUGGACCCCAAGGCAUCCCUGCUCACCAUGGCCUUCCUCAAUGGUGCCCUGGACGGGGCCCUCCUUGGAGACUACCUGAGCCGGAUCCCCAAUCCCCGGCCGCCCCUCAACCACCUGCUGAGCCAAUACUACGGAGCUGGAGUGGCUGGAGACCCUAGGCUCCACAGCAACUUCCGGCGGCAAAACGGGGCUGCUCUGACUUCUGCCUCCACCCUGGCCCAGCAGGUGUGGGGGGCCCUUGUUCUGCUGCAGAGGUUGGACCUGGCACACCCCCAGCUGCAGAGCAAGAGCCAAGAACAGCUGGCCCAGGUGGCCACCUAUGCUACCAAGGAGUUCACAGAGGCCUUCCUGGGAUGCCCGGCCAUCCACCCGCGCUGCCGCUGGGGAGCCGCGCCCUACCGGGGCAGGCCGACGCCGCUCCAGCUGCCUCUAGGGUCCUUGUUCGUGCACCACACAUACGUGCCCGCUCCGCCCUGCACACGCUUCGCGCGCUGCGCCGCCAACAUGCGCUCCAUGCAGCGCUUCCACCAGGACACGCGCGGCUGGGACGACAUCGGCUACAGUUUCGUGGUGGGCUCCGACGGCUAUGUGUACGGGGGCCGCGGCUGGCGCUGGGUGGGCGCGCACACGCGCGGCCACAACUCCCGCGGCUUCGGCGUGGCCUUCGUGGGCAACUACCCCGCGGCGCUUCCCACCGAGGCCGCCCUGCGCACGGUGCGCGACACCCUGCCGGCUUGCGCAGUGCGCGCCGGUCUCUUGCGGCCCGACUACGGGCUGCAGGGCCACCGCCAGCUCGUACGCACCGACUGCCCCGGCGACGCACUUUUCGGCCUGCUGCGCACCUGGCCGCACUUCGCCGAGACGGUGAAGCCAAGAACUGCCAGGAGAGCCUCUGGGAGAUUUAGGAGAGGACUACCCCCAGUGAUCCUGCUGGGCACAGACCUCCAAUAAAGAGACCCUGGAAA